AGUCAAAGUCCACACGACAGGUGAGCAUAAGGAAAAGUCUAGCGCCGGUGCACACUUCCACCGAGGAAAUCCGAUGCUGUAGAUAAAAAAAAAAUAGUAAACUUUUAAAAACUCAGAGUGAACGGUCAUUAGACAACAAAGGGUCAAGGAAACGGAAAACUAUGCGGUUGCCAUGGCUCUGUCAGAGCUAUACACUAAGUACAACCGCGUCUGGAUCCCGGACCCAGAGGAAGUGUGGCAGUCUGCGGAGAUCCUGAAAGACUACAAACCGGGAGAUGACGUUCUGGAACUACAGCUCGAGAAUGGCACGGAGAUGCGGUACCCGGUGGAAACGGGGAACGUGCAGCUCCCACACCUGCGGAACCCUGACAUCCUCGUGGGGGAGAACGAUCUCACCGCCCUCAGCUACCUUCACGAGCCGGCCGUCCUGCACAACCUCAGAGUGCGUUUCGUGGAGUCCAAAAUCAUCUACACGUACUGCGGGAUCAUCUUGGUUGCGGUGAACCCCUACAAGCAGCUGCCCAUCUAUGGGGACGCAGUCAUCCACGCCUACUCCGGCCAGAACAUGGGCGAUCUGGACCCACACAUAUUCGCUGUGGCAGAGGAGGCCUAUAAGCAGAUGGCCAGGAACAACAGGAACCAGUCGAUCAUCGUGAGUGGGGAGUCGGGUGCUGGGAAGACGGUCUCCGCGCGCUACGCCAUGCGCUACUUCGCUGUGGUCAGCAAGUCCAGCAGCAAGACCCGAGUGGAAGACAAAGUUCUGGCCUCUAACCCGAUCACAGAGGCUAUUGGGAAUGCAAAGACCACCAGAAACGAUAACAGCAGCCGCUUUGGGAAGUACACAGAGAUCAGCUUUGACCAGCGGCAUCAGAUCAUCGGGGCCAACAUGAGGACGUACCUGCUGGAGAAGUCCCGAGUGGUGUUCCAGUCGGAGAACGAGAGGAAUUACCACAUCUUCUACCAGCUGUGUGCCUGUGCUGACCAGCCCGACUUCAAGCACCUCCGACUGUUAAGUGCUGAUCAGUUCCAGUACACCUGCCUGGGAGGAGCAACGGAGAUCGAUGGUGUGGACGACAGAGCUGACAUGGCAGAGACUCGCCGCACUUUCACUCUGCUGGGCUUGAAGGAGGACUUUCUAUCCGACGUGUUCAAGGUGUUGGCAGCGAUCCUCCACUUGGGCAACGUCACCAUAAAGACCACCAGUGGGGAGAAGUCUGCCGUCAGCACCAGUGAUGUCCACCUGGCGGUGUUUUGUGAGCUGGUGUGUGUGGACGUGGACAGUGUGUGUCGCUGGUUGUGCCAUCGGCGGCUGGUGCUGUUGGCAGAGACGGUGGUGAAGCCGGUGCCCAUGGAGCGGGCGGUCAACGCCCGAGAUGCCCUGGCCAAGCACAUCUACGCCCACCUGUUCGACUGCGUCAUCCACAGGAUCAACACUGCCCUCAAGGUCCCAGGGAAGCAGCAUUCCUUCAUUGGGGUUCUGGACAUCUACGGUUUUGAGACAUUUGAUGUGAACAGCUUUGAGCAGUUCUGCAUCAACUAUGCCAAUGAGAAGCUCCAGCACCAGUUCAACCUUCAUGUGUUUAAGCUGGAGCAGGAGGAGUACAUGAAGGAGGACAUCCCAUGGACGCUGAUCGAUUUCUAUGACAACCAGCCCGUCAUUGAUCUGAUUGAAGCCAAGAUGGGCAUUCUGGACCUGCUGGAUGAGGAGUGCCUGUUUCCCCAGGGUACGGACCUGAACUGGCUGCAGAAGCUGUAUAACUUCCUGGGCUCCAAUCCUCUGUUCAGCAAGCCCCGGCUCUCCAAUCAGGCCUUUGUCAUUCAGCACUUCGCAGACCAAGUGGAGUACCAGUGUAAAGGCUUCCUGGAGAAGAACAGAGACACCCUAUAUGAAGAGCUUGUGGACAUCAUGAAGGCCAGUAAGUUUUCUCUCCUGGCAGACUUCUUCCGGGAGGAAUCCCAGACGGCGGUCCGAGGAGUCAGGGUGAAGGCCGCCACUCCAGCAGUGAAGCCUGCCAACAAACAGCUCCGAACUACAGUGGGAAACAAGUUCCGCAGUUCUCUGUACCUGCUGAUGGAGACUCUGAACGCCACCACACCUCAUUAUGUGCGCUGCAUCAAGCCCAACGAGGACAAGCAACCCUUUGAGUACGACUCCAAGCGUGUGGUCCAGCAGCUCCGAGCCUGUGGGGUUCUAGAGACGGUCCACAUCAGUGCCCAGAGCUACCCAUCCAGGUGGACCUACAUCGAGUUCUACAGUCGUUACAGCAUCCUGAUGACACAGGCAGAGGUGGUCCUCAACGACAAGAAACAAACGUGCAAGUCUGUGCUACAGAGACUCAUUCCUGACUCUGACCAGUACAAGUUUGGCCGCACCAAGAUCUUCUUCCGGGCGGGCCAGGUGGCGUACCUUGAGAAGCUGCGGCUGGACCGUCUGAGGGCAGCGUGUGUCACCAUCCAGUCGCACGUGAGGGGGUGGAGCCAGAGACGCAGGUUCCUGCGGCUGAGGAACGCAGCCUGCAUCCUGCAGCAGUACAUCCGCGGGCAGAGACGCAUCAGGCAAACGGUGACAGCCGCGGCCCUCAAACAAGGCUGGGCUUCAGUGGUCAUCCAGAAGCAUUGCCGUGGUUACCUGGUGCGAAGAGUCUACAAGCUUGUCUUGGUUGCUACAGUGAAAAUCCAGGCCUACAUUAGGGGAUGGCUUGCUCGCAAGCGCCACAAAAAGCUGGUGGAGGAGCAGAAGGCCCUGGUGCUGCAGAAGUACGCUCGGGCCUGGUUGGUCAGACGCCGGUUCCAGACCAUGCGCCGUCUCGUGCUCAACGUGCAGCUCUCCUACCGUGUGCAGCAGCUCAGGAAGAAACUCGAGGAGCAGGGUAAAGAGAACCGUGGCCUGAUGGAGAGGCUGACAGGCCUGGCCAACGCCCACUCUCAGGGAUUGGACAAGCUGCAAGCGCUGGAAGCGGAGCUGAGCAAAUCAGCCAAUAACAGAAUGUCCUUAGAGAAGCAGGAGAAGAGGAACAAGGAGGCAGCCAAUCAGAUGAUCACCCAGCUGCAGACUCAGAAAGCCGCUCUAGAGGCAGAGAAGAAGACCAUGGAGGCCAAGAUGGCCGAGAGCGCUCAGCAGAUGAGAGACAACUUCAGUGAGCUGCAGAAGAGACUGCAGGAGGACCUGGAGAAGGAGGAGAGGAGAAGGAAGAUCGCAGAGAACAAUCUGGAGAACCAGAAGGAGGACUCAGGACGGGAAGUGGAGGUUCUGCAGCUGGAGAACCGGCAGCUACGGGAGGAGAAGCUGCGGCUGCAGAUGCAGCUGGAGGAGGAGAAACACCAGAUCGCAGAACUGCAGGAGCAGAUCACGCAGCUCACCAAACACAUCAAGGUGUUGCCUGAGCUGAGGAAAGAUAUCCACAACCUCCAGUCCCAGAAAACUGAGCAGGAGAGGAGAGUGAGAGAACAAACCCACCAAGCUAAAGUUAAGAUGAACGUGAUCAUCAAACAACUUCUGGGGGACCGGAGCAGUGAGGACAUCUUGUCAGCUGCCUCAGACGACGCAGAGGAGGAUGGGAAUCUGCUGCUGGCUUUUGAUGGCCUCCAGAAGGCAACAAGGGUGAUGGAGACACAGCUGCGUGAUCAGAGGGAGGGCUUUGAGAGUCAGGUGGAGGUGCUGAGCUUUAAGAUGGAGCACCUGCAGAAGGAGAACGAACAGUUGCAGAAUCUCUUCCAAGAGAAGAGCGAUGUCAAUGAGAGCAUCCGCCAGGAGGUGGCGCGACUUACCGCUGAGAACAUGGUGAUCCCCGAACUGAAGCAACAGGUCGGUGAGCUGCUCAGACAGAAGCAGGACUUGGAGACCCAGCAGCAGGAGGAGACCAGUCAGAUGAUGGGCCGCAUUGAGGAGGUGUCAACCAGACUCCAGAAUGAUCUUCAGGAGGAAAGCUCCCGCUGCAGGCAGUUUGAGCAGCAGCUGGAGGAGGUGCAGAGAAGGUUAGAGGAACAGCAGGAGCAGCAGGAGCAGCUGCUCAAGCAACAGCAGGCCGAGCAGGAGGCCAAGAGCAGACUCCGGCAGGAGACCUCCAGACUCACCGCAGACAACAUGGGUCUGGAGGAGCAGCUGGACAUGAAGGAUCGACUCAUAAAGAAGCUACAGGACCAGAUUCGCUCACUAAAUGCUCCAGACAAGGCCAAUCAGAAAGCAACACCCGCAGUGCCCAGAGAGUACCUGGGGAUGCUGGAGUACCGACGGGAGGAUGAGCCCAAAAUCAUCCAGAACCUCAUUCUGGACCUGCGUCCCAGAGGCGUGGUGGUGAACAUGUUCCCAGGGCUGGCGGCUCACCUGCUCUUCAUGUGCGUGCGACACGCCGACUACCUCAACGACGGGGCCAAGCUCAAAUCCCUGAUGCACGGCAUCAUCACUGGCCUCAAGAAGGUCAUCAUGGAGCAUCAGGAGGACUUUGAGGCGCUGUCCUUCUGGCUGUCCAACACCUGCCACCUGCUCAACUGCCUGAAGCAAUACAGCGGAGAGGAGGAGUUCAUGAAGCACAACACACCCCGUCAGAACAAAAACUGCUUGACGAACUUUGACCUUUCAGAGCACAGGCAGAUCUUCAGUGACCUCGCUAUCCGGAUCUACCACAAGUUUAUUGCUGCCAUGGAGACCAUGGUCACCCCUCUCAUUGUGCCUGCUAUGUUGGAGCAUGAGAGCUUGCAGGGCAUCUCCAGCAUGAAGCCGUCGGGCCUGCGGAAGCGCUCCAACAGCGUGUACGAGGAGGCGGCCGAGGCCUGCAGCAUGGCCUCCAUCCUCCAGCUGCUCAGCGGUUUCCACGGCAGCAUGCUGCAGCACGGCAUGGACAGCGAGCUGGUCAAGCAGGCGGUCAGGCAGCUCUUCUACCUACUGGGCGCCACCUGCCUCAACACCAUCCUGCUGCGCAAGGACAUGUGCUCCUGCCGCAAGGGCAUGCAGAUCAGGUGUAACAUCAGUUACCUGGAGGAGUGGCUGAAGGAGAAGGAUCUGCAGGGAUCCAGCGCCAUGGAAACGCUCCGGCCUCUCUCCCAGGCUGCCUGGCUGCUCCAGGUCAACAAGACGAGCGACGAGGACGCGCGCGAGAUCCGUGACAGCUGCCCCGAGCUCUCACCUGUGCAGAUUGUAAAGAUCCUCAACUCCUACACCCCCAUUGAUGACUUUGAGAAGCGGGUGGCUUCCUCGUUUGUGCGCAAGGUUCAGGCGCUGCUGCAGGAGCGCGAGGGGUCAUCUCAGCUCAUGGUGGACACACAGUAUCGCUUCCAGGUCACCUUCCCCUUCUGCGCCUCCGCUCAGGCACUGGAGCUGCUACAGGUCCCCUCCAGUCUGCGCCUCUCUUUCCUCACCCGCAUCUGAACAACACACACACACACACACACACACACACACACACACACACACACACACACAAACACACAGAGGCGUAGCACAAG